AUGUAUAAUACUCAAACUAGCACUCAAAAACAUUAUUUAAAUUCUGUUCAUAAAGAGUUUGAAAAAGAAAAAUUGAAACAAUUAAAAGUAGAUGAUCAAAUAAAAAAAACAAAUGGAGAAGGAUUUUUAUGUAUGAUUAAUAAGCUUAAUCCUGCAUUUAAGCUAUCAUGUUAUGUAACGAUCAAAAAAGAUAUUGGUUAUGAAUAUCAAGCUGCAUUUCAGGCUAUAAAGGAAAUGAUUACUCAUACCUGUGAUAUAGCAGCUAUUACUACAGAUCUUUGGACAUCUCAUGCAAAAUCAGAUAGUAAAGUAAAUGUAGCAAUUACUGAAAAUUGUAGUAAUAUGAUUAAAGCUAUCCAUGAAUGGGAUGGUGUUAAUCAUAUUCCAUGCGAUGCAUAUACAUUGCAGCUUUGUGUUAUUAAAGG